AUGACGAUCACAUUCAGCACGAACUAGUAGAAUUCGCUCUGCCCUGACAUUCGAAGCAUCUUCAUCCCCCUUUUUCUCAUAUUCUCAUACAGAGAAUUGAAUCAAUCCUCUAGUCAAUCUACAUUCCACGAGCGACUCAAAGUGAAACGAAAACAAAACAAAUUCGACACCAAAUCAAUACAAUACAAAAAAUAGAGAAAAAGAAAACACUGACGGUCUCUGAAAAGAAAUGAAAUCCUCAAUCCUUCGUGCCGUUGCACUUCCCCGAGCAGGUCCUUUUCCCACUCUGGACCCUUUUCUGUUUACGGUUUAUCACGUCGAUGACUAUCCAGCAGAUCCAUCGGGAGGACGCAUGGAAUUCCUUACACCGGGAGAUGGACACGAUUUUGAUCCGUCCGCUCCUUAUAGAAUGUACCACGGAGAUAAAGUUCCGGGCUUCCCCCAGCACCCACACCGUGGAUUCGAGACAAUCACUGCCACGAUACAAGGAGUUGUUGACCAUGCUGACAGCGCAGGAAAUGCUGGGAGGUAUGGUGAGGGUGACCUGCAGUGGAUGACGGCAGGGAAAGGAAUUGUUCACGGUGAAAUGUUCCCCCUCGUCAACCGAGACAAACCUAAUUCCACCCAGUUUUUCCAAAUCUGGCUAAACCUGCCGAAGGCCAAAAAGAUGGUCGACCCGAGUUUUGCCAUGUUUUGGGCUCCCGAUGUCCCUGAGUGGAAAUCAUCCGAUGGCUUGUCUAGCGUGACGGUGUGGGCAGGCGAUUACUUCUUGGAAAAGGGAGUCGAGCAAAACAAGCCUCCGCCAGAUUCUUGGGCGAGAGACCCCGAAAACGACGUUGCAGUCUUGCGUAUUGUAGUCAACCCUGGAGGCAAAAUGGUGCUCCCAAAGGCCAACAAGGGCGAAGAAGGUGUGAAUCGCGCCAUGUAUCUUGUUGAGGGUCUCGAUGGCAUCAAAAUAGAUGGGAAAGUCGUCGACGAAAAAGUAUUCUUGACCCUGGAUGCCACAAAAGACACCUCCCUCGAGCUACCUGCCAAUGCUAAAACGUCCACAGAGUUCCUGGUGCUACAGGGCAAACCAAUUAAUGAGCCCGUGGUACAGCAUGGGCCAUUUGUCAUGAAUACACAACAGGAAAUUCGGCAGGCCUUUUUUGACUACCAAAAAACGCGAUUUGGUGGAUGGCCUUGGGAGCGAGACGAUAUGAUCUUUCCUUCAAACAAGGGCCGAUUUGCGCAAGUGAACGGAGUGGAGAGUUCUCCCUUUGACUCAGUGGAUCAAAAAGAUGGCAUUAAGGAGAAGAAAACAAACGAAGCUGAGUUAUGAUAAUUUCGUGCGUAUUCGUAUUCGUACCGAUCAAAGAAGUCAAGAUCAAAAAUAUGAACAGGCUAAAAAAGGAAUUAAAUUUACAUUUGCGAAAGAGAAAACCAAUGUAAAUGUUGCGAAAGUCCCCAAAGUAACGAGAAGAUGUGCUGGAAUGUAUACGGAGAUGAUUUAAAUCAAUGUUGCUGAGACAAUUAAAGGGCCAAUAUGAAAUUAUACUAUCACUCCUAUCCUGGCGUCAACUUGUUUUUUCUUCUGAUAGUUUGGUUCCGAUUCUAGUGGAGUUGCAGGCAGAGCGAUAGCGCCGAAAGGUAUUGAUACCAACCAAGAUGAAGCACAUUCUACACGGAAUCAAGUGGGAACUCUGCUGACCCCUCUUCGGAACAAGUCGAAAGAAGUAAUACUUCCACUUUGCCGAAUUAUCGGGAACCGCGGCUGGAUAAUGACGUCCCGCAAAAAUUACUACUGAAUCCUUUCUGAAAAUUAUCGACCGCCUCUGCCACCACCGCCUCUGCUGCAUUCCGUCUGGAAAAAUUCAACAAUUGGAUGCAAUUCGGGUUGUGAGAGUGAUUAUCCAUACCGCAUUAACAACAGUAUUGGAAGACAUUAAGCACGCUUUCCAUGUACGUGGUUGCUUUGUGGAAAGGUAGAAUAACUACCAUGAACCAAAAUGAAAGGACGCGCUCUGGUAGCGAAUAAAUAAUACUAGUAGUAAAUUGAAUCGGAAUCA